AUGGAAUCAAGGAAUGAUGAAUGGAGAAGCAAAUUUAUUAAUGAUUAUAUUUGGAAAAGAAUUUGGGAAUUAGAAGUUUCAGGGGUGGUUCGUGAUUUUGCUUGGAGGGAUAGUAGGGGUGUGAUUCCUACAAAGAAUGCAAUUAAGAGAAGAAUUAAUUUGGGUACUGACUGUUGUGAGCUUUGUUCAAAUGAAGUAGAUGAUAUUCUUCAUGUAGAUGAUAUUCUUCAUGUAGUUGGAGAUUGUGUGUUUGCUAAAGAGGCUUGGGCUCACACAAAUCUUGUUUUACCAAUGGACUGCUUUAAUGCUAGUUCUUUUCGAGAUUGGAUACGCGCUAUAUUAUAUCCUUGUGACAGUAGAAAAGCCGCUUUAUUUAUUUAUUUUGCUUGGCGCCUUUCGGGUGCUAGAAAUGAUAGAGUGCAAGCUUAUGUUCAAGACUGGUGGUUUAUUAAUGAUAAAUGUGACACAUCAAAAAAGUCUAGUAUUGUGAAAGCUAAUUCUUGGAAUGCUCUAAAUCCAAACAAGUUGAAGUUUAAAGUAGAUGCAACAAGCUUUAAAGGAAUUAAUAUGUUUGGUUGGGUUGGUAUUCUUAGAAAUCAUUUGGAUAAAGUGCAAGCCACAAUAUUAGAUGUUCACAUUGGAGGUGGAGAUUCAAGCAUUUUGGAAGCAAAAGCUUUGGAACUUGCAAUGAGAUGGGCUAUUGAUAAUGGAGUAAGUGUGUAUGUUUUAAGCUUGACGCGCAAAGAGUUGUUCAAGCUGUGA